AUGCCUCCAAAGCCAAAAGGAUCUACUGCGAUUGCGCCUAUGCGCCUGCCCCCUCUACCGAAACUGCGCGUACGAAGACCGAACCAAACCGAGGCGAAUCCAUGUGUAGCGCUCAUGAGCUCUGUCCUCACUUGCUGGGCAUCAUCUGGAUACAAUGUCGCGGGAUGUCAAGUUUUAGAAACACAGCUGCGGACGUGUAUGGAUACGCCUGUAAGCUUUUCCCCCGAUACAAAAAUAUGUCUGGACUAG